CUCUCUCUCUCUUCACCGCCACUCCCUUCUCCCUACUUCUGUACCUUCCUUAUUUUCUCUCCAAACAAAUAAAAAAAAAUUAUUUUUUUGCUUUCUUUGAAGAAUCUGAGUUUUUAGCAAUGGUUUCAUUGGGAGCUAUAUAUACUAUAGCCUAUGUGUUUCUGUUUACUAUCUCUUUGGUUUUGGGUGGUGAUAUAGUUCACCAUGAUGAUGUUGCCCCCACAAGACCUGGUUGUGAGAACAACUUUGUUCUGGUCAAAGUCCCGACUUGGAUCGAUGGUGUGGAAAAUGAUGAAUAUGUUGGUGUUGGUGCAAGAUUCGGCCCUACAUUGGAAUCAAAAGAAAAACAUGCCAAUCAUACUAGAGUUGUCAUGGCUGAUCCUCCUGAUUGUUGUAGCAAGCCUAAGAAUAAGCUUACCAGUGAGAUCAUUUUGGUGCAUCGAGGAAAAUGUAGUUUCACAACCAAGGCAAAUAUAGCUGAUGAAGCCGGUGCUUCAGCCAUCAUCAUUAUAAACUAUCGUACAGAACUUUUCAAGAUGGUUUGUGAGGAAAAUGAAACUGAUGUUGAUAUUGGAAUACCUGCUGUUAUGCUUCCACAAGAUGCUGGAUUAAAUUUGGAAAGACAUAUAAAAAAUAACUCCAUAGUGUCCAUACAGUUAUACUCUCCGCUGCGUCCGUUAGUUGAUGUUGCAGAAGUGUUUUUGUGGCUUAUGGCUGUCGGUACGAUUUUAUGUGCUUCGUAUUGGUCUGCUUGGACUGCCAGAGAAGCUGCUAUUGAGCAAGAAAAGCUUCUAAAGGAUGCUCCAGAUGAAUAUGUUGCAGAAAGUGUUGGUUCUCGAGGUUAUGUGGAAAUCAGUACUACAGCAGCAAUAUUAUUUGUUGUGCUUGCUUCUUGUUUCUUGGUUAUGCUGUACAAAUUAAUGUCAUAUUGGUUUGUUGAAGUUCUGGUGGUUCUAUUUUGCAUUGGUGGGAUAGAGGGCCUGCAAACUUGUUUGGUGGCUUUAUUAUCAUGUUUCAGAUGGUUUCGACAACCUGCACAGACAUUUGUGAAAAUACCCUUCUUUGGAGCUGUUCCAUAUCUGACACUUGCUGUUACUCCCUUCUGCAUAGUGUUUGCAGUGGUUUGGGCGGUUAAACGCCAUGCAUCAUGUGCGUGGAUCGGUCAAGACAUUCUUGGUAUUGCAUUGAUAAUUACAGUUCUUCAGAUUGUCCGCAUACCAAAUCUCAAGGUUGGGACUGUUCUUCUCAGUUGUUCUUUCCUAUAUGACAUCUUAUGGGUGUUCGUCUCGAAAUGGUGGUUCCAUGAGAGUGUGAUGAUAGUGGUAGCUCGAGGUGAUAAAAGUGGAGAAGAUGGUAUCCCCAUGCUUCUCAAGAUACCGCGAAUGUUUGAUCCUUGGGGCGGUUACAGCAUCAUCGGUUUUGGGGACAUAAUCUUACCUGGACUGCUAGUAGCAUUUUCACUAAGGUAUGAUUGGUUGGCGAAGAAGAACCUUCGGUCCGGAUACUUCGUGUGGGCAAUGACUGCUUAUGGUUUAGGUCUCCUCAUCACAUAUGUGGCUUUGAACUUGAUGGAUGGACAUGGCCAGCCAGCUUUGCUUUAUAUAGUCCCAUUUACACUUGGCACCUUUUUGUCGUUGGGAAAGAAGAGAGGCGACCUCAAGAUUUUAUGGACAAGAGGAGAACCAGAAAGGCCUUGUCCUCAUAAUCAAGAAGUUAACCAAUCAAAUUAACCACCAUUGAUCUCCAACAAACUUGUAUCUUAGCUAUUAGUAUAUAAGAUAGUGAUGUAGAAACUCUUAGGAGAUUGUUAACAUAUGUAACAUUAUUGUAACUAAAUUCCAGCCAAAUGAUUUCAUAACAUGGACUUAAAAAUCAGCAGCUGAGAGUUGAAACAGAUACCACCCUUUUGUGUGUUGUAACAUUAUUUUUUCUGAUAUAGCAGAUUGGAGAGGUGAGAAUCCAUAUUCUGGUUGAUGUCUUUGCAGAUUCCACGAGUCUUCUCAGAAACCAAGUCUGGCAAAGCAAAUGUCAAGAAGCAAAAUGAUCUCACUGAAGACGCCAUUCAAAAAAGGUUUGGAUUUGGUUCAGUAACUGUGUGACUAAGUUAUUGAUCUCAACCUUUCGAUCACAAAUCAACAAUCAAGAUUGUUUAAAGCAAAUUUUAUUAUUGUGUAACCUGAACCGUCUGAUCUCAAAUUAAUGGUUGAGAUCGCUGUUUACCGUGUGAAACUGUAAGGAAGUUCAUCUGCAGACAAUUUGGAUCCAUUCAGAAGAGGGAAGACUAAUAAAAUGCGGAAAGACUAAUAAAAGGCUGGCUUACACUGAGAGGCUGUUGUUUACUAUUGAGUCACAAUAACUCGUAUUGUAUUAUUAUUAUGAGUAUUUAAUUCCAUUCGUGUUGUUGUGGUUGUGUAACAUAGAUUUCAAUUUGAAUCUAGUUAAAUUAUAAUUUUUACAAGCUUUUUGUCU